CAUACGGUUCCACUUACAUCAGCGCGGGUUCGGCAAGCAUAAACACAUAGGAGUUACAAGGUCGCCGGGUGAAGUGGACGGGCGCUUAAUCAACCUACACACACCCGUCUCGAGGACAACAGGGGACCGCGGGGGGCAAUUCAAAGCCGCUGCUCAGUCGGGGGAUUUAUCGCCGUCCCCCUCCCCCGUCGAAAGAUGACAACUCAACCCGCACAUCCCCUCAUCCCCACCUCAAAAUGGGCCACCAUCCUCUCCCACGCCCACGCCCGCAUCGAAUCCUACGGCGGGAUCGAGCGCGUGCUCGCCGAGCUGCAGCUAUCUCCUCCACCGAUUAUCUCCGACACGAAGCCGUCGGAAUUGGAUACAGCGACGUUAGAUGAUAUGACGGAGGAUGAGGUUAGGAAGUGUGAAGAGCUUGCGGCGAGGGUGGAUGGGAUUGUGAAGAGUGGACGUGUGAGGGGCGUGGGGAAUAUGUAUGCGGUGCAUCCUAGACCGCCUCCCGUUGGUGGGAUGGGGAUGGGGCCAGCAGAGGGGAGGUUGAAGGGCGUGCAGAUGUACAUUGAGAAAUUGGGGUACUGCCAUUUGGGCACAACAUUCCACGAAAUCCGCAAGACCGCCUCCACCCGCAACCUUUUCCGCCAAGCGCAAGACAUCAUCGCCGCUGGGCUGCCCAUCAAAUGUCUCGAGGCUGUCGUCGUUGCCGCUUACCUCACCGCGUCCAACAACCCAGUGUCUUCUACUGCGGAUAUCGAUCGUAUUCCAUGUAGUUUCAAAUCACGGCACGGGGCAGAUACAUAUAGGCAUAUCGUCUUGUUGGUCAGGCAUGGCGAGCGGUGGGGAUCGGUGGGGUUGUCAAGGAGGAGGGAGUUGGCGGGAAAGGAUCUGGGAUUCAAGAGCUUGCAGGAAAUCUUGAGGGAUUUUGAAGCGGGAUACCGGACGAAUGGCCACGUUCUCCUAAAGACGAAGCUAGGUUUACCGUUCUCGCACGACACGACGAGCAACGAGCGUGUUGUUUGGAAGUGCCUCACCCUGUCGCAUGAUGGGUCACAUGUGUUGGACCAUGAGCGGUUGCUGGAGCGCUAUUUGAGGGGUGUGCGGGGCGGGUUCAAUCCGUUCUUGUGAUGAAGGGGGUUGAGAUUUGCUUAGCGGUAGCCUGUAUGUAGAUUUCUCGAGAGGGUUACAUGCGCCGCGCCACAGCC